UAAUAACGACGGAACAAUAUGGUGGCAAAACAUUUAGCAAAACAAGGGAAAGGUAAAACGUGUAUUAAACUGUAAUUAACUAACUUUUAGGUGAAUGCUCGCAUUUCACAGGGAAUAUCCACCCGCUCGUUCCCGUGUUUAUGACAAUGUAUUCAGUACAGAAACAGUCAACAUCAUCUGAAGACGGACAUUAACCUUUGAUAGCUGAAUUACUGUUAGCAUAACUGUUUAUUAAGAGCCACUAGAAACACAUUAGGACGCUGAAUAUUAAUGAUAAUGUGGGGAGAGAUAGAACCUUAUGUUAAACCGCAACCGAGUCCGCAUGAGAAUGAAGAUAAGAACAAAAUACCAGAAGAACCAGUGAGAUGCGAAUGUUACCGCCCCGCAGCUGUCGAGCAGCCACAUCAAGACACCCAGUACGUGAGCCAGGCCGAGUCCAGUUGUGUAAAUGCCAUGAUAGAAGCCAUAGCAACGAGCGGAAGUCUAGUGAAAAGCCAGCAGAUAGGAGAAGCUGAACUGACCCCAAACGAGCGCAGAGAGGAGCUCCUGCACCAGUACAGGAGCAGGCCACUGGUGUUCCUGGAGAGGUACCAUGCCUGCCUCAAGCCCCAGCACCUGUCAGCGUUUGCCCACGUCAGCUCAGACCCACGGGCCCAACACUACAGCAAAGUGGUACAGAGACGAGCCACAGGAUGUACCAACAGGACCAGGAUCAGAAACCAGCGCUAUGCUGCCCUCAGGGCCCUGCAGAAGGAGGGCCAAUAUUUCAGUGAGGAAGAGAUGCGGAUGCGGGAGCCGCUGCUGUAUGAACAAUAUAUUGGCCAGUACCUGACUGAUGAGGAGGUGCUGGAGCGUUCCCAGGAAGCCAUGUUGGACGGUUCGCAGGGGGGAGCGGGGGCACCAGCCGGAGCCACAGGAGGACUCGCUCACCUGCUCCUUAACUCCUACCAGGAGCGUCUCAUCCAGACUCGUCUGCAGGAGGAGCAGGAGAGAGAGGAGUGCGCACAGGAGGAGGAGGAGGAGGAAGACAAUGAUAAUGGAGUCCAGCAGAAGGACUGGGAGCCAACUGCAGAGGAGAAGACUCUGCUGAGGGAGGAGUUCAUCAGUCAGAUGCACCAGAGCUUCCUAGAUGGCAAAGAUAAAGAUUUCAACUACAGCGAGGUGGAUGAGAACCCAGACUAUGACAACUUGGACAUCGUCAGCAGAGACGCAGAAGAUAAAUACUUUGAUGAAGAUGAUGAGGAAGAGGAUGAUGAUGUGGAAAAGGAUGAAGAAGAAAAUAUGACAGAAUAGUAGCUGUAGAAGUACAGUAACAACUGACUAACACCCAGUCCUCUGGCUGAACUGUAAAUGUACAACAUAUGUGUUCUAUUUUUUAAUGUUACACUUAAAUGAAAAAAACAACUGGUAGUAAAUAUUGUUUGUGGGUCUUUUGCAAUUUGAGAAAUUCAUUGGCUGCUCACAGCAGAUGGAUUCAGAGUGCAACUCUGCCACACCUCACCUGGCUUUCUCCCCCAGCCUGGAGACACAAUGGGACAUGUGCUGUCUUGUCAUGGCACUGCCACACUCGAAGUACAAGAACCUGAGGCAACAGGCUUUACACGGCAUGUUUAUUGCUGUUUUUGCUGUGAUUUAGUUUAAAAGGCACAAAUAGACCAGUAGAGGUCACUGAGGGGUUUCUUUUCAUCUU